AUGGAAUUAAAAAUAAUAAAAAAAGAAAUGUUUUUUUUACUCUUAUAUGGUGUCAUGUAUCAAAAUUUAUUUAUUAAGAGCUUUUUAGCAAUGAGCAUAUUAAUGAUGGGCUUAUAUGAAUACAGUUAAAUGUUUUAUCUAUUUGAGUGGAUUUGGUUGUGGUUUUUUGGAAAGAUUUUAUCAAUGGUAUUUUUAUUAAAAGAGGAAUAAAAUAAUGAAGAAGAAAGAGAAUAACUUUUAGAAGAAGAGAUUAGUGAACACAAAUAAACAUAUAUACCAUGGAAAUUGUAUAUAAUAAAUGCAUCAAUUGAAACAGCAGACAUAUUUUUAUUAGGGAUUGAGUUAUUCUAUAUGAAUUUUGGAUUAUUUAUAAUAGUAAGUUAAAAUAGUAAUAAAAAUAGUGUUAAGGGGUUGUAUUUGUAUUUUAUAUUCUAUAUACAAAUAAGCAAGAUUAGUUAAAAUUAAUAUAUGCAGGAGUAGUUCUGUUAGCAGGCAUUUUUUCAAUAGCAUUGUAUUCUGAAGGGAAUCAUGAAUGUUACAUAGGUUUGAUAGCAACGUUGAUUUAAAUAGGAACAAAUAUUUAUACAAUAAAAUUAAAAGAACAAUUUAUGUCUUAGUAAUAAGAAUUAAUAAUAAUAAAAGAUAUAUAUUUUAGCAUUCUAAGUAUAUUUCGUAUACUGGUUUAAUACAAUUUAUUAUAUGGAUCAUAGUGAUGGUAAUAGUUAAUUUUAUUCCAUGUCCUAAAGAGUCAGUUUCAAUUAAAAAAAAGUGUCCAUAAAAUAAUGAUUUAGGUGAUUUUAGUGGAUAUUUUAAUUAAACUUUUGCAAAUUAGGAUGAUUAUAAUAUAGUAAUUAUGUAUUAUAUAGAAAAGGCAUAUCCAGUGAUAGUAUUUGUGAUAUUGAUAAUGGUGAGUUCAGCAAUUACAUAUUUGGAUAAUAAAAUAACAAUAAAGUUAUAAUCAGAUAAGAAACAAAUAAUUUAACAAUUUGUAUUUUUUCCAAUAUGGAUAUGGAUUUAUUAUGAUGAUGACCAUAUAACAUUGUUAGUGUUUUGUAUACUGUUCUUUGUUUUAUAAUGGUUAUUAGGACUUUAUAUAGUAAAUGAUUGAUAAUAAAGUAGAUAUUUAAAGAGAAGUCGACAGGAAAAUAUGAAUAGAUAGAGGAAGAUUAAGAUUCAGAGAUUUCAUGA